GGCGAUAUACGGUGGCUGGUGGGGCUCGCGCUGGAGGCGGCACUGUCAGUGGCGGGAUGGAGUCGGUGGUGUUCAUUUUUUCGCUCAUUGACUGCUGCGCCCUGAUCUUCCUCUCCGUUUAUUUCAUAAUUACAUUAUCAGAUUUGGAAUGUGACUACAUAAAUGCUAGAUCUUGCUGCUCAAAACUAAAUAAAUGGGUGAUCCCUGAAUUGAUUGGCCAUACCAUUGUCACUGUAUUAAUGCUUAUUUCACUGCACUGGUUCAUCUUCCUCCUCAAUUUACCUGUAGCAACCUGGAAUAUAUAUAGGUACAUUAUGGUUCCUAGUGGAAACAUGGGAGUAUUUGACCCCACAGAGAUCCAUAAUCGAGGGCAGCUGAAAUCACACAUGAAGGAAGCCAUGAUUAAGCUUGGCUUUCAUCUCCUUUGUUUUUUCAUGUAUCUUUACAGUAUGAUCUUGGCGCUGAUAAAUGACUGAAGUCGAAGUAGAAGUGUUACAGUUGCCAAAUUCUGAGUUGUCACUCACAGCUUUCAAGUAAACCUAGACCAGUGUCGUCAUGCAGUAUAUUUUUUCCUCUUUGAACAAAAAAUAUUUUUGCUGUAUUUUUUAACAUAAAAAAUAUUUAAAAAACCAA